AGCAAGUUUUCGGAGUUGGGUAAUUAUUAUCUCGAAGCAACUCCAAUUUGUGUCGGUUUUCCUCAGCUCAAACGGCGUUGCCUGGAUCCGUGUACAACACAAACCAUCGUCCGGACUUGGAAAGAGGGAUUUGGCAAGGUCACUUGCCUGUAGUAGAUAUUUUAAAUAUCCACAAUGGCACAAUCUGAGACAAAAGCAGCGCGUGAUCUUACUGAAAUGAUGGAAAAAACAAUGCAGAACCUUCAGAGCAAGUUCCAGGCAAUGUCUGACCAAAUUAUCGUCAGAAUCGAUGAAAUGGGAACACGCAUUGACGACCUGGAGAAGAAUGUGGCGGAUUUGAUGACACAGGCGGGAAUGGAGGGUCAUCAGACAACAGAAUAAUUUAAGAGCUGUCAUCUUAUAAUGGCGAUCCAGACAAUCAAGGGAAGCACCAACACAAUCUUUUCUUUUAAAUAUAUAUACAUAUAUGGUUUGUUGAAGGUGUGUCUAUGUAUUUUGUAUGAAACAUAAAACCUCAGGUGUAUAGGGUGCAGUGAUUUCUGCAGAUGUAAA